GGGGCCGCCCGCGCCGGCAGAGGCGGCUCCGUUCGCCGCUGUGACGCCGGCGGCGCUGGAACACCUGGAGGGGCGGCGGCGCCUCCGGCUCGGCCCUGCCCUGCCCUCCGCUGCUCGGCCGCGGGCAAGUGUCUGAAGAAAAUAAGAAACAUGGAAGGUCAUAAGUAUAAUUAUCCAAGGGAAUUUUAUGAUCAAUAUGCUCAAAGCCAAGAAAAAUCUGUGGUCAAUAAAAUGCAACAGAAGUACUGGAAAACAAAACAAACCCUUAUAAAAGUCACAGGAAAAAAAGAAGAUGAACAUGUUGUGGCUUCAGAUGCAGAUCUGGAUGCAAAGCUAGAGCUCUUCCAUUCUAUUCAGAGAACGUGUAUGGAGUUGCUGAAAGCAAUAGGACUUUAUCAGAAAAGGAUUUGUUUUCUGUCUCAGGAAGAAAAUGAAUUGGGAAAAUUUCUUCGAUCACAGGGUUCUCAGGAUAAAACGAGAGCAGGAAAAAUGAUGCAAGCCACAGGAAAGGCUCUCUGCUUUUCUUCUCAGCAAAGAUUAGCACUGCGUACUCCUUUGAGUAGACUAUAUCAAGAAGUGGAGACUUUCAGAUAUAGGGCCAUCUCAGACACAUGGCUGACAGUGAACCGAAUGGAACAGUAUCGGACUGAAUACAGAGGAGCUCUGCUUUGGAUGAAAGAUGUGUCUCAGGAGCUGGAUCCAGAUCUUUAUAAGCAGAUGGAAAAGUUCAGGAAGGUUCAAGCUCAAGUGCGACAUGCAAAACUCAACUUUGACAAACUGAAGACUGAUGUCUGUCAAAAAGUCGAUCUUUUGGGAGCUAGCAGAUGCAACCUUCUUUCUCAUGUGUUAACAACAUAUCAGACAACACUUCUUCAUUUUUGGGAAAAAACUUCACACACGAUGGCAGCUAUCCAUGAAAGUUUCAAAGGUUAUCAGCCAUAUGAAUUCACUAUGUUAAAGAGCUUGCAAGAUCCUGUGAAUAAACUAACAGAAAGAGCAGAAAAGGAGGACCUGCAGAUUGAGAGCACCAAAUCAGCAGAAGAUCAGCAGAGUCAGUUGAUUUCAUUAGAUGAGGAGAGCCAUACCAAGGAAUCAGACUAUUCAGCUGCCGAUGGCAAGGAUGCCCUAUCCAAGUUACAAGGAAAUUGUAAUCACAAGCAGAACUCAGGUGCCAUAGAUGACUUAUUAGACCUACAACCUGAAGAAAAUGCAUCAAAGGAUCAGUUUGUGAGGCCCUUGGAGUCGGAACCUAGUGAUAAGGAUGACAUGGUGUUACUGAAUGAGAUCCUCAACGCUUCCUCCCUGGAUGAGGGGGAAUUCAGCAAAGAGUGGACAGCUGUUUUUGGACAGGUUGCGCUUACUGAUCUCACCAUGAGCUCUUCAGCUGGAGAUGAGGAGAACACUUCAUCGUCCAUGGCAUCAACACCAUCAGGCUAUUUGCCCUCACAGCUGUUAGACCAAAACAUGAAUGACUUGCAGUCAUCUUUACACGGAUGGGCGGCUAACAGUGGGAGCCCUCCAUCUAUACCACAGCCAGCACAGAAACCAAACAGCCUGAAUGUGAAUGCUAACAAGACGCCGAUGAAAGGUGAACCUACAAGGAAUCCUAAAGACUUGACUGCCUGGUUCAGUCUCUUUGCUGACCUCGACCCGUUAUCCAAUCCUGAUGCUGUUGGGAAAACUGAUAAAGAACAUGAAUUGCUUAAUGCAUGAGUCAGCUGCCUAUGAAUUUGCACCUGUUUGCAGAAGUUUCUUGCAACUGAUGAUUUACCAUGCCUUCAAAACAUGUUUCUGUUCAGAGUGUUUUUCAUCAAGUUUAUUUCUGAAGCAUGUGUUAUUUUGAGCUUGUUGUGACAUUAACUCUUUAAUAAAAUGAUUUUGACAAAAAAAUAUCUUUUAUUCCCCCUGGAAUAUUGGUGUGCUGUUGAAUUGGUACGUAACAAGCAUCUGAAGAUAACAUAUAACUAGUUUUUAGAGAGCACCUAAUAAUUCAUAUCAUUAGCUCACACUGUUUCUGAAUAGUGAUGCAGUAGGACAGUAAGAAAAGCUGAACUUGAUGGUCUCUCUUUGCCUCCCUUCUCUCCUUUUACAGUGAAGGAAGGUGAAAAGGAUGGCAGCAGCCACAAUAUCACAAGUUCUGCAUGUUUGCUAUGUGUACCGUAUAGGACCUGCUUUGCAAUUUAUUAUAUUUAGCCCUUUUUAAUUCAAUGUAUUUUCCUUUUACAUUGAUGAAGUUUUUCAUCCCCAGUUAAUUUGUGUGCUCAGUUAGUUAAUCCAUUUCUCAUGGUCUAUUAGAUAACUACGUACCUGCAUUGUAAGCCUCAAAAUAACUUUGUAAAUAUAGAAGUUAUCUGAACCGGCCUGCUUCUCAAGCACAGCAGAACAUCAUCUAGUGGCUGCACUGAGCAGUAUUAAUGUGUGUUUGAUAUGUUCUAGCUAAAAAGCUACAUGCUACUUAGUGGACGGGUAAGCUGGACUGACUGGGAUCCACCUGACUUGAACCCUCAGCAAGUUUAAUCACCUCUGUACAAAUCUGUAAUGUUCAAAAUCCUUCUUAAGGUGCCACAUAGCUGGAAAGUCUCAAGGUACUUCCAUUUUUGCCAGAGAUGUUCUUCAGCUGUUUAGCAGUGUAUUAUACUGGAUAAUGGACAGCCUGGUCUUCUCUUUAUGGAGUACCCAGCCCACUGAUCCCCAACAGUAAGGCCAUUCUGUCGUGUGGCAAUUAAGACAUGGAAGCUGAUACAGACAUGGAUACCUAAUGUUUGCAAAGCUCACUGUUUCCUGCUGUCUGGUAGUGGCAGCUCCUUGCUCAAAAAGCUGUCACCUGUGAAGUCUCUCCUGAGAUGCGUAACUUCCUUGAGCAUUAGGGUUGUAGCCUGAGGUCCUGACUUUGAGCUGCUGUCUCUGGCAUUAAGGAAGGCAUCUGCAAAGAAGAUCUGCAAAGGGAAACACCUAACACUUAUGCUGAGGUGCAUUUACAUUUAUCCUAUGUUUUGAGUGCAAACUAGUACUCAUGUUUGCCUGAAAUCCUCUUCAUCUCAAACAGUAAUUAUCUGCAACACCAAAAAUGUUAGCAGCUCUAGGAAUAGACAGGCUGCUGGCAUUUUCAGCCCAGCUUGGUUACCACUGAAAUCAUCAAACAGAUUCUUGCAACGUUAAGCAAGUCUGUGGUUACUAAACUUGUUUUAGAUUAUGUUUGUCUCAAUACUUGUUAAAACACUUCUGGACGAUCUAUUCUAGCAUUUUUAAUGGCUAAAGCAGUUCUGAUAAAAGCAAAGGUGAGGCUAAAAUAUGGCCUAUAUUCAAAAUAGCUAACUGUACUUUAAGUUAGAAUUAAGACUCAGAAAAUGUUUGUGUUUGUUUUUUUGGUCACAGAUUCUAGACUUUCAGGAUAUUUAAAACAAACAAACAAAACCCUCCUGUCUUGAUUUGGAAAAUUAAGGACAUUGCAUAAGUUUCAGCUAAAUGUGUUGUGAAUCCUUGUCAUGUUUUUAGGUAGAAAAAUAGCUGAAUAAUCAUCCUUUUUACACAAGAGAAACCACAGCUGAAGGUUUUUUACCCCAAGCUGCAAUACUGAUUGGUUCAUAUUAUGCAUUUUCUUGUAAUAUGUGAUUUUUUUAAAUUAAAGUUAGCUUUGAAUUUU